AUGGAAGCUGGAAAGGUGUUAGAAGUUCUCUAUACUUUUCCUGUCGAGGGAAUACUGAACAAGCUGGCUUCACUUGCUGCUCAAGAAAUAAGCCUGUUCCGGGGAUUCAAAAAGGAACUAACAAAACUUCGUCAAUCAUUACUCGAGAUUCAAGAUUUCUUAGGCGAUGUUGCCCAUCAGCCACAAGAACGAGGCAGGGCAUUGAAGGACUGGGUGAGAAAACUGAAAGACAUAGCUGAUGAUGCUGACAAUGUCUUGGAUGAAAUCAACUAUGAAGAUCUUCGCAGGCAAGUAGAACUGUCAAACCAAAAGAGGAAAAAGGUACGCAACUUCCUUUCCAGCUCCAAUCCCCAUUUGUUUCGUCAAAAAAUGGCACAUAAAAUCAAGAGCAUCAACGCAUCUUUUUUGGAUCUCAAAUAUGAGGCAUCUUUCAUUGGACUAGUUUCCAAGAAAAUAGAUCGAACCCCUCCAGAAAUUGGAGGGGCCAGAGAAACCGACUCAAUCUUUGAGGAAGAUGAAAUCGUCGUUGGAAGGAAUGAGGAUCUGUCAAAGAUAAUAAUUACAAUCUUGACAGACUCCAACUUGGAUCAAGAAAAUCUUUCAGUAAUGCCCAUUGUCGGAAUGGCAGGCCUGGGGAAGACAACUGUGGCUAGGUCACUAUUCAAUAAAGAUUCUAUUGGUGGACAUUUUGAGAAGAAAAUAUGGGUGUGUGUAUCUAACACUCUUGAGGUCAAUUCGAUUUUAAGUUGGAUAUUAGAAUAUCUUAACCCAACAAAGGCUGGGAUACAACGCCUAGAUGCAUUGCUUAAAAACCUAGUACAAGAAUUGGAAAAAAAGAGAUAUUUUCUUGUGCUUGAUGAUGUGUGGAACGAAGAUCCUCAAAAAUGGAGCAAUUUGAUGACUUGUUUGUCAAAACUUCGUAGUGCCCAGGGAAGCGUUGUUAUAGUCACUACGCGCAGUGCCAGUGUUGCAUCAAUCACGAAAAAAGUAAUUCCAAUGUAUGUUUUGAGAAGUCUAUCUGUUGAUGAUUGUUGGGACAUAUUGAAGAAAAGAGCAUUUCCAGAUGGUAAUGCUCCUAUUGCAAAAGAUCUAGAAACAAUUGGAAGGGAGAUUGCCAGAAAGUGUGCUGGUAUACCUUUAACGGCAAAGAUUCAGUUGCUUGACUUGGCGCCAAUCCCUCCCUGAUCAUACGCUUGGGGGGGGCAGUUUUGGAAAGUGAAUAUACAAGACAACUAGCUGCCGUCUUAUCUCCUCAUAGGAUUUUGUCAAAAGUGAGCAAAUCUUUGCAUAGUAAUAUUUCGAGGUGAUAGGCUUAAGUGUAGCAAUUUUUCAUUACAUUUGUUAUCACACCAGAUGUAUGCAUUUAAAGGGGUUAAAUAAAUUGUAAACUUACUUCUAUCAUGCAUUUAAAGGGGGUUAAAUAAACUGUAAACUUACUUCAAUCAUGGUUUAAAAUCGUCUAUGUAAUCAUAAAUAACUAUAUUUCACCAUAUCAACUUAUCAACUUGUGAUAACUCAAAAUAUAGAAGCAAGGUUUAGCGAAUUACCACAUCAAUAAGCAAUAUUUUCGUGAAUUGUGAGACCAGGUUUGACAACUAGUGUGGUUAUUUUCACCUAUUUGUCAUAUUUCCUCACCCACAUUAUCUUCAAAUAUUUAACGAUAAAUUUACCCCUUUGUAAAAAAACCUUUGCACAUUAUUUAUCUCCUUUUGAAAAGAAAUCGAUGCCACAGUGGCUUCAUGACAUGUCUAAUAUGUACUAGUCGCUCCCAUUACAGAACAAAUUGAUGCUAGUUCUGCUUCAGAAUCAGCAAUUGCUUGCCUUAGCUAUGCCAUUAACAAGGGAGACCAUAUAUGCUGACAAAUUCAUGUUUUUUAAUCGCAUUUUACUAUAUCAAAGCAUCUGUAGUUCUGAUCAAGUGCCAUUAACAAAUUCAAAACAUCAUUUCAUAUUACAAGCCGGAAAUCAACUAGAAGCAUUCCGUUUGGCAGUAAAGAAAGAUGAGGAAAAAAUUUCAGCAAUAGAUUUUAUCAUUUAGAAUAUCGAUACCUUUCCUAAGAUGGAUUUGCUUGAAUUAAUAAUUAAAGGGUAUUUUAGGAAUA